CUGCUGCGCGGGCGCCCGGGCACGAGCAGCCUCGCCUCCGCCUCCUCCGGUGCAAGCGCGCAAGCGGCGGCUGCGGCCAUGAGCGGCUGGAGCUGCUACAUCGACAGCCUGAUGGCCGACGACACCUGCCAGGACGCGGCCAUCGUGGGCUACAAGGACGUGCCGUCCGUCUGGGCCGCGGCGCCGGGCAAGAUCUUCGUCAACAUCACGCCUGCGGAAGUGAACAUCCUGGUGGGGAAGGAUCGGAGCAACCUGUUUGUGAACGGGCUGACGCUGGGCGGGCAGAAGUGCUCUGUCAUCCGGGACAGCCUGCACAUGGAUGGCGAGUGCACCAUGGACCUGCGGACGAAGAGCACCGGCGGAGCGCCCACCUUCAACAUCACAGCUGCCAUGACCAACAAGACGAUAGUCCUCGUGAUGGGCAAGGAAGGCGUUCACGGCGGCUGCGUCAACAAGAAGUGCUACGAGAUGGCCAACCACUUGCGGCGGUCGCAGUAUUGACGCGCCUCUGCCCGCCUCGUCCCGCCUGCGGUACUACUGAUGGAACGGUGUAAGGAUGUCCAAGGUGGCUGUGACCGCCCGGGGCCCCCGGCCUAACCAUCGUGGGACCGACCCCGGCGCCGGAUCGCCGCAUAUUCCAAUUCUCUCCCCACCCCCCACUCACUGCUCCCCCCCCCCCCCGGUUUCUACAAUUUUUUUCUAAUCCUUCCCUGACACCCCACCCCACACCUCCUCCCCUAUUUUCUUUGCCAUUUUUCUAUCACAAAUCCUUAUCGCUGCCAAAUUUUCUGGUUGUUACAAGGUGUAGUUUUUUUGGUUAAGAAAACUAUAUUGGAACAAGAAAAAUAAAUAAAAGAAAUUGAAUUCUAAA